AUUUCGCCCCCAGGAAUAAAUUCUUCAUCAAAAGCUCAAAUAUGCAAUUUGCACUGCAGUAAAAAAUCAAUUAGUUGCAAUUCCUCCCUCCCCGGUAGCAAAUGCAUGUUGGUUGAGAUGGAUGCAACAUCACAGCCGUUCUUGUCUCAUGCCCAGAAGAGACAGAGCUUGUGAUUUUCGCUCCAUGCCUUGGGGGCCACAGGAUGGAAACCAGCAAUCCAUGCAGCCAGAGAAGGUCGGCUGGGUUCGGAAAUUUUGCGGGAAAGGCAUUUUUAGGGAAAUCUGGAAAAACCGUUAUGUGGUUUUGAAGGGAGAUCAGCUUUAUAUCUCAGAGAAAGAGGUCAAAGAUGAAAAAAACAUCCAGGAAGUGUUUGACCUGAGUGAUUAUGAGAAAUGUGAAGAGCUCAGGAAGUCCAAAAGCAGAAGCAAAAAGAACCACAGCAAGUUCAUGCUAGCACACUCCAAACAGCCUGGAAACACGGCACCCAAUCUGAUCUUCCUGGCCGUCAGUCCGGAAGAGAAAGAGUCCUGGAUCAACGCCCUCAACUCCGCCAUCACCAGAGCCAAAAACCGCAUCUUAGAUGAGGUGACUGUUGAGGAGGACAGCUACCUCGCCCAUCCGACCCGUGACAGAGCGAAAAUCCAGCACUCCAGACGGCCUCCGACACGGGGACACUUGAUGGCUGUGGCAUCUACCUCAACGUCAGAUGGCAUGCUGACACUGGACCUCAUCCAAGAGGAAGACACCUCUCCCGAGGACCAUGGGACCUGUGAAGAGAGCUUCCGGGUAGACCUGGAUAAAUCCGUGGCGCACCUCACUGCCAGCCGGCGCCGGUCGGAUUCGGAGAACGUCAAGUCCUUGGAGAAAGGCCGGUCAGUGAGCCUGCCGAGACGGGAGGCGAUCUCGUGGGACAAAACUGGGAAACGCAACGACGCCUUCGAGAAAGGGACCAUGUACACCCCGCAGGUCCCCAAAAAGCUCUCGCACUCAGAAAAGAACAAAUGUGCCUCCAUGGAAGAGAUUUUGUCUCGCCGGGACUCUUCUGCGCACCGGGCAGUGCUGAGGAAGGGGCUGGAGGCUCAGUUUGCGUCGGGUGAGCCAGAGCAGCUGGCCCGGAUACAGGAACUGGUUGCACUGAAACUGGAAAAAACUCAGGAACUGCUGGCGGAGGUGAAGGGCUAUGGGGAAGGGAAGCGAAAGACAAAAGAUUUUGACGCAGCUGCCACCACCACCUCUUCCUCUUCCAAGUCGGACUCUGAGAGCAUCUUGCAGGAGACAGAGAGGUUGCUGGGCGAGGCCUCCUCAACCUGGAGCCAGGCCAAGAAGGUGUUACAGGAGAUUAAAGAGCUGAGGGACCUGUACAAACAGUUAGAAUUGCAACCGUCAGACCCUAAACCCAAACAGAUCUCACAGUCUCAGUACAGGAAGAGCAUGAUGUGAAGGCAUGCUUCAGGGUGGGGUGGUGGUGACUUCUUUUUAUUAUUAUUUACAGUGUUUGAAACAGUACAACGUACCUGUUCUCAUCAAAACUUGCUCCUCAAGCUUCAUCCCUUCCCCUCCCCAGAUCUCCCCCUCACCCCUCCUCCCCAGAUGAAACAGAAGGUGUUCCAAUAAAUCAGUUUGGAUUCCUACUUUUUUUCCAAGUAUCCUUUCUCUGCGUUCUUGGGCUGCUCGUGUCAUGCUUGCAGCAUGGAAGAUCACCAAGACCUGGAAAGCUCCCAGCACACUUGUGGAGACAUACGCACAGCAGCACGGGUAGAUAUUCUUCCUCUAUAGAAGCCCUGGGUUUGCUGCUCUGAACCCAGAGCUGUGGUUCUGUGUCCUGCGUUACAGCUCUUUGAUCAAGAGCAUUGGCAACUUGGUUUAUGUUUUUCCUCCUCUUUAAAAAAAGAGUCAGCACGUGGAGGUCCGCGUUAUCCAAAAACUGUUUGGAAGAUGUUUGCCAGUGACAUCCAAGCCAGGGUUGGAAUUCCACUGUCAGAACGAGGAGAUUCCCAGCCUGGAAUGCAGUCUGACAUGUCGUGAGAGGCAUCGGACGCUCCUUCCUGGAUUGCAGUUAACAGGGCUCUUCCCUGGCGUUGUUCCUGCACUGAUCCCAAACUCUCUUUUGCAAACUCCUGUGGCAGGCAGCUGUUAAUACAUGUGGUACAUAUACAGCCUUCCGUACGGAGGCAACAGGUAUGCAAUCUGUGUUAAAACUAACCCUGUCUGUCAGCCGACAGCCGAUACUUCAGAGACACCCCCUGGCCUGGUGCAAUGAGAUUUAGCAACCACAAUGUCUUCCUUCUUGUGCAGAUGAUCAAAGCCUGUAGUCCAACGGGCAGUCAUUAUUUGUUUUUUGUUGUUCUUUCCUUCAUUUAGGCUGGAGUGAAAUGGAAAGUCAGGGUUUGGCACUGAGGGCAACAGAAAAGCUGAGAAUUGCCGUUGGUUUAAUGGGACUGAUUCUGCUCUCACUCACACUCCGUUUACACAAUCGAGCCUCACACAAUUGUCUCUUAGCUGACAUUGACGUGAGGUCAGUGUCAGGCCCACUAAAACUCAAACGGAUUCCAGAUUACAGCUCAGAUAUCCUCGCCUCGCCGAUGUCUAGCACUUUUCUAAAUAGGUGGCUCAGCUUUCAUGCAUUUAGGCAGCAGGACAAGAGGGAAAUAGGCAAAGAUUUCUCUCAGGGCUUAAAGUACACUGGCAAAUUAACAUCAGUUGUUUUUUCCAAGAAAUCUAAUUUCCUUGCCUAUGUUGCAAAGAGCCCCUGAGAAUAUUAAAAACAACUGAGUUUUAAAUGACUAAUUUCCUUUUCACUGUUUACAUUUUGUAUCUCUCACAUAUUUGAAAUGAGAUGAGUUAUGUUGACGUCUGCGUCUGGUCAGUUUCACUCAUAUUGCCAGUUAAGGCUGUGAUGUUUGGGUUGCAAAUGCUGCAAGGAAAUGUUGAUCUGUGUUUUUUAAAAGCUCCUACCAGCUGGAAUUAAAUAACAUUGGUGGCAAUAUUUCUACUGGCCUGAGCUUCUUUAACAGCUGGUUGUUUGCAAAGCUUAAAUUUGGGGCUCAAUUUCAUCUGACAAUGUCCCUUUAAGUUAUUCAUAUCUAUUUUCAAAACCUGUCCUUCAAAUGGCAGAUGAAUCUCUGGCUCAUUUCCGUUCUUAUCACAAAGUCACACAGUCAUGCUGUCAUGAUAGAAGUGGGGAGAUUUAGCUUUUACAGAAUUUACAAGAAGUAUCCUUUUUUUGAUUUAUGUUUUUUAAACAUGUUGGACCACUCAACGGGUGCAUUUUUACAGUCAGUGGAAUCAAAUUUCAUCCCUCAAAUAACUAACAAACAAACAAAAAAAAAACCAGACACCUAAGCCAUUCUGACAGUGCCCUGUCGGUUUGGAAGCAGAUUUGUCCUGCAAUGAAAACUCACAUGUCACAUAGUAGUUAGAGCUGGGCAAUAUUUUGCAACGGAUUCUAAGCUUGGGACCAGGUUUUGCCGAGCUUCAUCAACCUUCCCGCUAACCUAGGGUGGACUUCUGGGCAAAUGGGGGCGGGCAGAGUUAUGAUUUGUGGACAAAACCAUUCCGUAUGGUUUUGACCCCCGAAUUGGGCAGCUGUGGGUUUGGUUCAACCCAAAACUCCUAUGAUACAAACCCGGUGAAGUGAAUUCAGAAAAGAAACUAUCACACCAGUGCCCCUAAAAACCAAAACAGGCAAGUUUCAUACA